AUGUCAAGAACUGCGAUCAAGGGCCAAGCGCUCAUCGAUUUCUUGGCUAAGUUCUCUCAUAGGCCAACUCUCGCCGCACCUGGAGAAGUCGAGGUUGUAGAAUGGAAGCUCUACGUGGAUGGAGCGUCGAGUGAAAACGGGUCGGGAGCCGGCGUCCUGUUAAUCAGCCCCGAAGGCCACAAAAUUACCUCGGCGGUCCGAUUUAAAUUUAAGGCAUCAAACAACGAGGCAGAAUAUGAAGCACUAAUUGCCGGACUGCGGUUAGCCAGCCACCUAAAGAUUGAAAGACUCAGCAUCUUCAGCGAUUCUCAAUUGGUUGUCGCGCAAGUAAAGGAAGAAUACCAAGCGCGCGGCGAGAAGAUGGGAGCGUACUUAAGAAAGGUAAAAGAGGAACUCGUUAAGUUUAAAAAUUACGAGAUACUCCAGAUACCACGAACCAAAAAUACAAGCGCCGAUGCUCUGGCGAAGCUAGCAUCUUCUAGAGAAUCCGACACACUAGGGGUCAUCCCCAUCGAGGAAUUAGAGCGACCAACUAUAGAAGAAAAGGUGGAGGCAUUAAUUGUCCGAAUAGGUGAAAGUUUCAUCCCCCCCCUCAUCCAAUACCUAAUGGAUGCACAAUUGCCAAACGAUAAGGACAAAGCCAGACGGGCCAGGUAUAGAGCUGCUAGGUACUUAUUGUAUGACGGUUUGCUCUACCGACGAGGCUACUCAACCCCUCUACAGCGGUGCUUGGAUGAAACCGAGGCACAAAAGGUCCUCAACGAAAUCCAUGAAGGGAUCUACGGUAACCACUCUGGGGGGCAGUCUUUGGCUCUAAAGGUCUUGCGGCAAGGAUACUACUGGCCCACGCUAAAAAAUGACGCUUUUCAGUACGCCCGACGUUGCGAUAAAUGCCAAAGGUUCGGGGUUCCCCACUCGAUAGUAUCCAACAACGGAAAGCAGUUCGACAAUGCCUCAACGCGCAGGUUCUGCGAUGACUUUGGCAUCCGGAAAGAUUUUUCGACGCCGAUCCAUCCACAAUCCAAUGGACAAGUCGAGGCGGUCAACAAGAUAUUAAAAUAUACCCUCAAGAAAAAACUCGAUGAUUUGAAAGGGAAAUGGGCCGAGGAACUUCCCAAGGUCUUGUGGGCAUACAGAACGACGAGCCGAACUACUACGGGUGAAACGCCUUUCUCCAUGGCAUAUGGCGUCGAAGCGGUGCUCCCCAUAGAAAUCGAAACGCCGACUCUAAGAACCGUCGUCCAUAACGACGAUGACAACGCAGAAGGCAUGAACGGAGAACUCGACUUAUUAGAAGAAAAAAGGCUCAACUCCCAACUACGUCUCGCCGCCUAUCAGCAAAGAACGACGCGAUACUAUAACAAGAAAGUUCGACAGAGGAGGUUCGUCCCAGGGGACCUAGUACUAAAAAGGGUAACGCAAAGCACGAAACCCAAAAAUACUGGUCCACUGGGCCCAACUUGGGAAGGGCCCUACCGCGUAAGAAAAAUGCUACGUCCCGGCACCUAUGUUUUGGAGAGCCUCGACAGCAAAAAGAUCCAACACCCAUGGAAUGCAGAACAACUAAGGCUGUACUACCAAUAA